AUGAACGAAGUAUAUACGUUUACCAGUGAAUUAAUUAACGAUCACCUUGAGCAACAUAAUAACAGAGGAGGGAACCCCGUCGAAUUACAACUAUAUUGUCCCUUCUGUCUCCCGCCACCAGAAGAAUAUACCCUCACCUUUCAACGAUUCUGGCUUUGGUAUCAUACGACUACGGGAAGUACACCCAUCCAUUAUCAGACAACGAAUUGUAAGGUUGCUGAAUACCAUCCUGUUCAGCGAAUAUCUCAUCAUAAACGACUAGACCCUGACGGAGAGUUAUCAGACGAAUAUUAUUCAGAAACCGUUGACGCUGAGACCCAAAUAGAAGAAGACAAUUCUGAAAACGAAACUGAAGAGCUUAAUAUUAACGAGGAAGUCGCUGAGAUCGAACAAGAAAAACCACCAAGAGAAAUUGAAUCACCAUUGACAAAAGCAAUUCAAAAACAAGGAGAUGAACAGGCAAAUAAUAUUUCCCAUAUAACAGCUCUCCUUGCAGAACGUGAAUACCUGGCCGAAGAACGAAAAAGAACUCACGUCAAUGAAGCAGAAGAGAAAGAUGACCUUGAGAAAAGACAUGAAGAGAAGGAAAAAGCGAAGGGAACCGUUGAAUUUUUAGUAGAAAAUGAAAUUAAUGAAAUCGAAGUGGGAGAAGAAGGAUCAAAAAAAGAUGAGUUGGAGCAGAUAAUUAUUCAAACUGAAGAACUUACCCAAGAAAUCCAAGACAAACUUCAACAAAAACAAAUUGGAAUUACUGAACAAUUAUUCCAGAUCUUAGAAUUAAAGCCUGUACAGUCAACACCG